AUUAACAUAAUAUUCACACGUAAAUGUAUAUAUUUAAAUGCAUUACGUGUAGUUGACUUAAUAAAAGUGUAUCUAAUUUCAGAAAAUAUAUUUCGUAAGUCCAUCUGGCAUUACGUUAUUUGGUCCAUAUCUUUUUCUCCAUUUUCCGCUAAUAAAAGAUAUCAGCUGCUACAAUGCGUUCAUCCGCACCACUAUAUCUGCCUACUCUUUCUCACACAUUUGACUAUUUGGCUUUGCAAUGAUUUCGAUUUUCGCUCAAAUCGCUCCAUCUGUCACUUCGCACACAUAUGCAGUUUUGUUGCUAUUGCUUUUGAAGUUGUUCGUGCACUUAAUUUUUUGUCAGCCAUAACCGUCGCAACAUUUACAGUGACAUCUGGUCAUAAUAAAGUUAAAAAUCAUUUCAUAAUUGUGACGAAUACGGAGAGGAAUACAAAAAUAAAAUAACAGCUAUUAUUUAAAGAAAUUGCUGAAAAAGAGACUGGAUAACGAAUGCCAAUUUGUCGCUUCGAGUCUCGAAUGACAGUUGAAUUUCGAAUCAGCAGCGAAUUAGCGCGACACCAACAACAAUAGACUGUGCACUAACAAAAGUAACAACAACCACAGCAAAGAGUAGAAAAAGAAACAAAAGAGAAAGAACGAACACUGGGAAACGAGCAACAAUUCAACGAGUGAAUAAUUCCGCCGGAUCACCGCGCGCCGCGCAGCUGUUUAUAUCGUCUACGUUGCUGUUGUUUCUUGCUUGAAAAGCCAUACACAACCGCUGCCAAAGAAGCACAGUCGAGCUUAGUGAGUGAGUAAUCGUCACAACGGAAAAAAUUUUUUUAGUGAAACCCCCACGCUGAGGUGUUAAAAUCGAAUUAAAUCCUAUAGAAACUACACAAAAAUAUAGAAUUCAAUAUAUCUAUUGGAAAUAAGACACAAACAAAAAACUGAAAAAUAUCGGAAAUCGAAUUAAUGUGGUAGCAGUAAGUGCCCUUUCGUUUGCAGUCAUUCAAAGCAUACGAAAAUCAAAAAAGCAAAAAAAUCGCUCCACUACAUUGAAAAGUGCACACCACAGCCCUAAAUUAAAAAAGAAAACAUUAAACGCCGCAAACCAAGCCGUAGAAGCAAUAGCAUUUAAGAUUAGCUGUAGUUGCACAGUCGCAGAAGUGGACAAGUUCCAACUCCCACAAUGGAAUAUAUUUCAGUUGGGCAAAGCGUUAAAAUUAAGCGCACAGAUGGCCGUGUGCACGCCGCAGUAGUGUCGAAAAUUAACGAGUCUGGCAAAUCAAUAACCGUGGAAUGGUACGAACGUGGCGAAACUAAAGGCAAAGAAGUAGAGUUGGAUGCUAUACUGUCGUUGAAUCCGGAAAUCUUACAAGAUCCCGAACCGGAACAAAAUGCAGCGCCUGAACCGAAGAAACAAGCGACUGCGCCCAUGAAUCUUGCACGCAAUGCCACACAAGGCGCAAUCGGACAUCGUACCAAUCGAGCCACCAUCAACGCCACCAGUCUACUCUCAUCGUCCGCUGUUUCUGAACAUUCGGAAAAUAUACCACCACCACCAACAACAGGUAUAGUGCGUUCGCGCACUACUAAUAAUGCAACACGGUUGGCCUCAGCUACCGGCAGUGGCAGCGGUGGUGGCGGUGGCAUUGCUAUGAGUACCAGCGCCGGCAACUCCUCUUCAAUUGCAUCUAGUUCGGUGGCAGGCAAUGUAGGUGCACGGCGUUCCUAUGUUGUUAAAGAAGUUGAACGGCUGAAGGAGAACCGUGAAAAGCGGCGUGCCCGUCAAGCAGAAAUUAAAGAGGAAAAAAAUGCGCUCAUGAAUCAAGACCCUGGAAAUCCUAACUGGGAAACCGCACAAAUGAUACGUGAAUAUCAAAACACCUUAGAGUUUAAUCCACUUGUUGACGGACAAGUCUAUGAGGAUCACCAAAUCACAGUAUGUGUACGUAAGCGACCGCUCAGCCGCAAAGAAAUAACACGGAAGGAGAUCGAUGUUAUUUCUGUGCCGCGUAAGGACACGCUCAUCGUGCAUGAGCCACGCAACAAGGUCGAUUUAACGAAAUUCCUCGAAAAUCAUAAAUUCCGUUUCGAUUACGCAUUCGAUGAUCGCUGCGACAAUGCCAUGGUCUACAAGUACACUGCUAAACCUUUGGUUCAGACAAUUUUCGAUGGCGGUAUGGCGACAUGUUUCGCCUACGGCCAAACAGGUUCCGGCAAAACGCACACCAUGGGCGGUGAGUUCAAUGGUAAAGUGCAGGACUGCAAGAAUGGUAUUUACGCAAUGGCCGCACGCGACGUUUUCACUUAUUUGAAAAGUCCGCGUUAUCGUACGCUCAAUUUGGUUGUGUCCGCUAGUUUCUUUGAAAUCUACAGUGGCAAGGUCUUUGAUUUGCUCUCUGACAAGCAAAAGUUGCGCGUACUCGAAGAUGGCAAACAACAAGUGCAGGUUGUGGGCUUGACUGAAAAGGUUGUCGAUAGCGUCGAAGAAGUGCUCAAACUUAUACAGCAUGGCAAUAACGCGCGUACCUCUGGUCAGACGUCGGCUAACUCCAAUUCGUCGCGUUCGCAUGCCGUUUUCCAGAUUGUCUUGCGUCCGCCAGGUUCAACUAAAAUACACGGCAAAUUUUCAUUUAUCGAUUUAGCUGGCAAUGAACGUGGCGCCGACACAUCAUCUGCUAAUCGUCAGACACGUAUGGAAGGCGCCGAAAUUAACAAAUCACUACUCGCGUUAAAAGAGUGUAUACGUGCUUUGGGCAAACAAUCGGCACAUUUGCCAUUCCGUGUUUCGAAGUUGACACAAGUAUUGCGCGAUUCAUUUAUUGGCGAGAAGAGUAAGACGUGCAUGAUAGCGAUGAUAUCGCCCGGUUUGAGUUCAUGUGAACACACGCUAAAUACACUACGCUAUGCGGAUCGCGUUAAGGAGCUUGUGGUCAAGGAUAUGCCAGAUAUGAUGCGCGAAGGUGAUGGUGAGCAUGCCAUAAUGGAGGAGGACGAAGAUCAAAUGGUCGUACAGAAUAAUCGUUCGCAUAAUCAUAACAUUAACAACAAUAACAAUAAUAACAAAAACAAUGGACAGAUAUCGGAGAACGAUUUGGCGUUGUUGCGGUCACUAAGUGAACACGACAUGUCAGACGAGUUGCUGGUGCAACACGCAGCCAUUUCCGAUUUGCAACAAACCGAAGAAAUGGUGGUGGAUCAACAUCGUUUAGUCAAUGAUUUUCUCUCACAAUUUUUGCCCGAAUCAUUGCGACUCUAUGAUCUAACAAAUUACGUUGAUUAUGAUCAGGAUGCCUAUUGUAAGCAGGGUGAGGCGCUUUUCACACAACUUGCCGAACUGGCAACCAGUUGUCGAGACUUGAUGGCCGAUUUUCGUGCCAAAAUGGCCAAGGAAGAGAUGUUAUCUUGUACCGUUAAACCGACUGGCGGCAAGCGUUAGACGCACAGUUGAUAUGUGGCAAAAAGUGCACCAUUUAGAAAAAUAACAGCAACAAUAACAGCAGCAAAAACAUAUAUAUAUAUAUAAAUGUAUUAAUAUAAAAGAAGAUAUUUGUCAUCCAGCAAGCAAGCAUAGCGGUGCUGUAUGGAUAGCAACAAGGAAUUAAGAGGAGAAUAAUCAAUUAUGAUGUUUAACAACAACAGCAACAACAAUAUGUAGGCGCAACAACAGCAGCAAUUUAAUGAUUAUACUUAUAUAGAGAUAAACUAUGAAACAAACAAAAUACUCCUUACAUCUAACGCACCCACAUUACGAACACAAAAAGCGAAAAAGGAAACAAAACAAAAAACUAUAUUUGUACACCCUAUUCCAGUGGCAAGUAACAAACGUGAUAGGCAUAAAAGUAAAUUGUGGUGUUUUGCAUAUAAGAAAAAACAUAAAACGCUCACAUCUGCAACCACAUCACCGCAUCCAAACAUUUCUUUUGAAAAUCAUCAGCAGUUGCUUGCAACAGCCAUCCUCAUCGUAAGUUUACUGAUAUUCACCACGCACAGCUGGCUGCCCAAACCAGUUAUUCAUACAUACAUGCAUAUUAACUUUUCCACAUGCAUCCUACGCUCAUGCUCAUACUCAGUCACUCAUUUCUGAACACAAACACACAGACACACACACACGUGCCCAUUUCGGCAAAUCUACGCGGGCGCUGUUAACGCUGUAUACGCGUAGACGUUGAUUUAAUGUUGAUGAUAAUGAUGUUGAAGUUGAAUAUGCUUAUUAUAAUUUUAAUAAUAAUUUUUCGUCUUUUACCUUUCUAAGCUAUUUAUUUUUUUGAAUUAAAAUUGUUUAUACAUAUACAUAGAUACAUACAUACUUGCAUAGCUUCAAACGCGCAAAAUGCAAAAAAAAAAAAUUAAAAGCUUGAAACUAAGGAAUUUUUUUUAUCUGAAUCCAAGUAUUAUAGUAUGCGUUUUUGUCCCCUCAACGUUGUUGUAGUAUAAGUGUCAGUGCGCUGUGGCACAUAAAAAACGUUUUACGCGUAUAAUGUUUACAUAUACGCGCAAAAAUAGUGAAGACUUUGUCAAAAAGUAGUUACAAAAAAGCAUUUAAUUGCAGCAAAAAAUGUUACGAAAAUAGCUCAUAAAAAACAAAAAAAAUCUAAAAAACUUGCCAACUCAGUAAUUAAAAAUAUAGUUUUCAAAAUCUAAAAACUUUUAAAAUUCCAACACAGUGAUUAAAUUAAUUUCAAAAUCUAAUCUUAAAAAAAAUUUGUUUUAAAAAUAGCUAAAAAGAAUAUUCUUUUAUUUAAAUUGCACAGUUAUUUUUGGUUAAUAUUUUUUUUUGUUUUAAUUAAAUUAAUUUUUUUUAGUUUUAAUAAAAUUAAUUUUCUUAUUGUUCUUAAUAAAAUUGCGAAAAUAUUUUUUUGAUUUACAUCAAAGUCCAAACCGGUUUUUCAAAAUUAGCAGCAAAUAUAUUGUUUCGAAAAAAGCCUUGUGUGUAUAAAACAAAAAUCUAAAACUAAAUUGCUAACAAAGUUAUUAAAAAUGUAGUAUAUUUUCAAAACCUAUAUAUUUAAAACUAACUUAAUUUCAAAAAUUGCUUAAAAUUAUAUAUUUUUUCAAUGUGACAUUUUUUUUUAAACAAAUUGUUAAAAUAUUCCAAUAAAAUUACAAAAUAAUUAUUUGUUUUUUUUUAUUAAUAAAUUUACCAAAUAAUUUUUUGUUUUUUUUUUAAUUAAUUUACCAAAUAAUUUUUUGUUUUUUUUUUUUAAUAAAUUUACCAAAUAAUUUUUUUUUUUAAUAAAAUUACUACUUUUUGAAUGAAAUUACUAAAAUAAAGUAAGCAAUUACUAUAUUUUAUCAAAAUAAAUUUCUAAAGUAUUUAGUUUUUAAUAAAAUUAAUAAAUUUUAAUUACGAAAAUCAUGUGUGGUUUACAACAAAACCGGUUUGGAUAAUUUUUUUUGCUUUUUAUUUUUUUUUUUUUUAAUUAAUGGAUGGCUUCUGUCGCUGUUUCAUCCCAUAAAUGUAUUAACCAACAGCAUUAAAAAUAUAAAUACCUGCAUACAUACAUAUGUAUGUAUAUGCAAUAAUAUUAAAGCCUCUACAUUUUGCAUUUGUUAAAUACGUAUAAUAUUUAUUUUUUUGUACUUCGCCAUGUAAACAUUCUGUACAACGAACCGCAAUCACACACACACACUCAAACACAUACAUAACGUUCAGCAUGCAUAUUAACCAAACGUUCUUAUUGUUGAAAUAAUUUCUUUAGUUAAAAAUUUUUGAAAAUCGUUUCUUUAUACGCACAUCUCUUCCACUAUUCGGUUCUCCUCCUUGUUCCGUUAACUUCCGCUCACUUCCCAUACAC